AUGACUGCCCCGCUCACGACCGCGCCCACGAUGCAGCCCAUGGAAAGCUCCGACAACUCCAAUCCCGAAUUCGGCAACGGAUCAGUGCUUGCUGAAGAUGGGCCAGCGCUCGGCUCGCCCAUAUCGCCUACGGUGUCUACAGACCGGGCAGCUCCUACGUCACCGGUCGCGUCCCAGGACGCGCAGACGCAGCAGCGAGUACACGAUGUGUUGCACUCUGAUGUGGGAAUCAUCACACUUCUGAGCCGGCUCAAGGCUAGCAUUGCCAGUGCUCGAGAUUUCUCAAGUUUCCUUAAGCGCCGGGGAGCGCUCGAGGAGGAGCACGCCAGCAGUCUCAAGAAACUCAGUCGCCUAACACUCGAACAUGUGCGCCGACCUGACGCACGCCAUGAAAGUUACCAGGCGCAAUUUGAACAGGUGCUCCACGCCAACGAGCGCAUUGCUGACAACGGUACCCAAUUUGGGCUUGCCCUGCAUGCCAUGCACGAGAACCUGCUGCAACUGGCGAACAAAAUGGACGGGGGCCGCAAGACGUGGAAGCAGCAGGGCUUGACGGCGGAGAACAAGGUGCAGGAUGCGGAGCGCCUAGCGGAAAAGGCAAAGACCAAGUACGACCAGCUUGCUGAGGACCUCGACCGUGUCAAGACAGGCGACACAGGCGCGGGCAGGAAGUUUGGCCUGAAGGGACCCAAGUCGGCCGCCCAGCAUGAGGAGGAUCUGCAGCGCAAGGUGCAAGCGGCAGACCAAGACUAUGCCACCAAGGUGCAAACUGCUCAGGCGUAUCGCAAAGAGCUCGUGGCGAUGACACGUCCGCAGGCUGUCGCCGCACUACUGGACCUGAUCAAGGAGACAGAUGCGGCACUGACCAUGGAGAUGCAGAAGUAUGCCUCCUUCAACGAGAAGCUUGUCGUCAACAAUGGCCAGGUCGUCAGUCCGCAGCCGUUCAAGGGCAGCAGCGCCCCGGCAUCCUCUUCUAGCGUGAACCAGCUGGUCCACCAGAUCAACAACGAGAGCGACUUCGACGAUUACAUCUUCAAGAACGCCUCCAAGGCCCCUGUGACUAGGUCCGAAUUGCAAUAUGUCAAACAUCCGACUCUGGCUUCCUCACAGUAUCACCCAACGCUGCCGCCUGCUACAAACGCCGCUCGUCGUUCUUCGAUGCAGGUGCAGCCUCAACCGCCGCCACCUGUUUCUUUCCAGCAACCAGACACAAAUCCCCCGCCCACCAUGCAACGGACCCCGUCUUAUCCCGAACCCACACAGCACGCCAGCUUGCCCGUUUAUUCACAGCCGCCUCAGCUGUCACAACCGUCCAACCAACAGUAUGAUAAUCCAGUUCAUGCGCCAGCUGCCCAAAAUCCAUACUCGCAGCCAGAAUUUUCACGCGGGUCUGUAGGGCAAGCGACAGCGCACCAAACGAGCGGUGUUCUAUACAACAACUCUCAGCCCCCCAUUAACCCUGUAUUCGGUAUCACGCUGGAAGACCUCUUCCGACGAGAUGGUUCGCCAGUACCCAUGGUCGUUUACCAAUGUAUCCAGGCGGUAGACUUGUUUGGCUUAGAGGUUGAAGGCAUUUACCGCAUACCGGGGACCUCUUCUCACAUUCAGCAGAUGAAAACGCUGUUCGACAGCGAUGCCUCUCAGGUGGAUUACCGAAAUCCAGAAGCGUUCCAACAUGAUGUUAACAGUGUUGCUGGACUACUGAAACAGUUUUUUCGUGAAUUACCGGAUCCGCUGCUUACUAGGGAAUUCUACGGCAAAUUCAUUGAUGCUGCGCGCGUCGACGACGACACCAUGCGCCGUGACUCUAUGCAUGCGUUAAUCAACGCGCUACCCGAUCCAAACUACGCCACUCUCCGUGCGCUCGUCUUACACUUGCAACGUGUGCAGCAAUCUUCAAAUGUCAAUCGCAUGAGCACAGCUAAUUUGGGCAUUUGCUGGGCUCCUUCGGUCAUGGGUCCGCACAAGGGUAAUAACAUGGCGGAUGCUGGCCUCCAAGCCCGCGUAAUCAUUACUAUUCUAGACAAUGUGCUUCAGAUUUUCGACGAAGACUAA